CACUUCGGCAAGUUCCGCCGGCGCUGGUCGGAAAUGGCUGCCAGCCUGCAGGGGGAGCUGGGGAUCCGGCGCGGCCUGGAAGGCGGGCUGCAGGCGGCGAGAGCGGCUUUUGGGAACCCGAGUCUCGCGCAGGCGGCGGUGGCGGCUCGUCCCUGAACUGGAAGCCGGAGAGCAAGCCCCGGAGUUCACUAUUUCCAGAAAUUGUACACUGAAGUGUAACGCUGCGUGAGUCAGAGAAAGGAAGGACCCUGAGCCAUAUGGCCUGAUUGUUGGCAAUGACACUGUUAAGAGGCUGGCAUUUGUUUCUGUUCUAACCAGCUACUUUAUAACUGUGAAUAGUAACUAUGCAUGUGUGUUGGUCAGCAGAACCAAGGAACGAGAGCUAUGGCAGUUGACAAAGUCAGUCUGAUUCCUGGGUAUCUUUCCUGGGUUCCACCGUCAGGGACCUCUUCCCUUCCAUCUCAUCAACAAUGUGGUACCUUUUACUAUCUGAUAAAGAUUAAGGACAUGCUCUUUGGUCAACAGCCAGAACUUAAAAUCUGCUGGAGUAGGGUCAGAGACCAUUUCAGUCACAGCUGAGGAAAAUGAAAUUUCCGUUUUACUUGGUGCCUUGUCCAGGGAGCGCACUAACUCUUUCGGGAACACGUGAGUGAGAAGAGGUUGAGUCUUGUCUGACAGCAGCUCACGGUUAUGGCGAGUGACCCAACGUGACCGGCCGGGGCAGGAGCCGCAGAGGAACUCAUGACGGGCUAUACCAUGUUGCGGAAUGGGGGCGUGGGGAACGGAGGUCAGACCUGCGUGCUGCGGUGGUCCAACCGCAUCCGGCUCACGUGGCUCAGCUUCACGCUCUUCAUCAUUCUAGUGUUCUUCCCCCUCAUCGCCCACUAUUAUCUCACCACCCUGGACGAAGCGGAUGAGGCGGGCAAGCGGAUCUUUGGCCCACGGGCUGGUAACGAGCUCUGCGAGGUGAAGCACGUGCUGGAUCUCUGCCGCAUCCGAGAGUCCGUGAGUGAAGAGCUCUUGCAGCUGGAAGCCAAGCGGCAGGAGCUGAACAGUGAAAUCGCCAAGCUCAAUCUGAAGAUCGAGGCCUGCAAGAAGAGCAUUGAGAAUGCCAAGCAGGACCUGCUUCAGCUCAAGAACGUCAUCAGCCAGACCGAGCACUCUUACAAAGAGCUCAUGGCCCAAAAUCAGCCCAAACUCUCUCUGCCCAUCCGACUCCUCCCAGAGAAGGACGAUAGCGGCCUCCCACCCCCGAAGGUCCUGCGGAGCUGCCGGCUGCACAACUGUUUCGAUUACUCUCGUUGCCCUCUCACCUCUGGUUUCCCGGUCUAUGUUUAUGACAGUGACCAGUUUGCCUUUGGCAGCCACCUGGAUCCCUUGGUCAAGCAGGCUUUUCAGGCCACAGCACGAGGCAACGUUUAUGUUACAGAAAAUGCAGACAUUGCCUGCCUUUAUGUGAUCUUAGUGGGGGAAAUGCAGGAGCUGGGCGUGCUGCGGCCCGCCGACCUGGAGAAGCAGCUGUACUCCCUACCACACUGGCGGACAGACGGACACAAUCACGUUAUCAUCAAUCUGUCUCGGAAGUCGGACACCCAGAAUUUACUGUACAAUGUCAGUACGGGCCGGGCCAUGGUGGCCCAGUCCACUUUCUACGCUGCCCAGUACCGGCCCGGCUUUGACUUGGUGGUAUCGCCACUGGUCCACGCCAUGUCAGAGCCCAACUUCAUGGAAAUCCCACCACAGGUGCCAGUGAAGCGGAAAUAUCUCUUCACCUUCCAGGGUGAGAAGAUUGAGUCUCUGAGAUCCAGCCUUCAGGAGGCCCGCUCCUUUGAGGAGGAGAUGGAGGGCGGCCCUCCAGCCGACUACGAUGAUCGUAUCAUUGCCACCCUCAAGGCGGUGCAGGACAGCAAACUAGACCAGGUCCUGGUAGAGUUUACCUGCAAACACCAGCCUAAACCCAGUCUGCCUACUGAGUGGGCGCUAUGCGGGGAGCGGGAAGACCGCUUAGAAUUACUGAAGCUCUCCACCUUCGCCCUCAUUAUCACUCCCGGGGACCCUCGCCUGGUUAUUUCCUCUGGGGGUGCCACACGGCUCUUUGAAGCCCUGGAGGUUGGUGCUGUCCCGGUUGUGCUGGGGGAGCACGUGCAGCUUCCUUACCAGGAUGUGCUGCAGUGGAGCGAGGCCGCCCUGGUGCUGCCCAAGCCGCGAGUGACCGAGGUCCACUUCCUACUACGGAGCCUCUCCGACAGCGACCUCCUGGCCAUGAGGCGGCAAGGCCGCUUCCUCUGGGAGACUUACUUCUCCACCGCGGACAGUAUUUUCAGUACCGUGCUGGCUGUGAUUAGGACUCGCAUCCAGAUCCCAGCUGCUCCCAUCCGGGAAGAGGCGGCGGCCGAGAUCCCCCAUCGCUCAGGCAAGGCGGCCGGCACCGACCCCAACAUGGCCGACAACGGGGACUUGGACCUGGGGCCCGUGGAGACGGAGCCGCCCUACGCCUCCCCCAGGUACCUCCGCAACUUCACCUUGACCGUCACGGACUUCUAUCGCAGCUGGAACUCUGCGCCGGGACCUUUCCAUCUUUUCCCCCACACACCGUUUGACCCUGUGCUGCCCUCAGAGGCCAAGUUCUUGGGCUCCGGGACUGGCUUUCGGCCUAUCGGUGGCGGGGCCGGGGGCUCCGGCAAGGAGUUCCAGGCCUCGCUGGGCGGCAACGUCCCACGGGAGCAGUUCACGGUGGUGAUGCUGACCUACGAGCGGGAGGAGGUGCUCAUGAACUCGCUCGAGAGGCUGAAUGGCCUCCCUUACCUGAACAAGGUCGUGGUGGUGUGGAAUUCUCCCAAGCUGCCCUCAGAGGACCUUCUGUGGCCUGACAUUGGCGUCCCCAUCAUGCUAUGUGUGUUCCCUGGUAGAGCUGAGGGACAGCUGUACUCACCUGAACUGGCAGCAUUGCAGGUGGUCCGUACUGAGAAGAACAGUUUGAACAAUCGAUUCCUGCCCUGGAAUGAAAUCGAGACAGAGGCCAUCCUGUCUAUUGAUGAUGACGCUCACCUCCGCCACGAUGAAAUCAUGUUUGGCUUUCGGGUGUGGAGAGAAGCACGGGACCGCAUUGUGGGUUUCCCUGGCCGUUACCACGCGUGGGACAUCCCUCAUCAGUCCUGGCUCUACAACUCCAACUACUCCUGUGAGCUGUCCAUGGUGCUGACAGGUGCUGCCUUCUUCCACAAGUAUUAUGCCUACCUGUAUUCUUACGUGAUGCCCCAGGCCAUCCGAGAUAUGGUGGACGAAUACAUCAACUGUGAGGACAUCGCCAUGAACUUCCUCGUCUCCCACGUCACUCGGAAACCCCCCAUCAAGGUGACGUCACGGUGGACUUUCCGAUGCCCAGGAUGCCCUCAGGCUCUGUCACACGACGAUUCCCACUUUCACGAGCGGCACAAGUGUAUCAACUUCUUUGUCAAGGUGUACGGCUACAUGCCCCUGCUGUACACACAGUUCCGCGUGGACUCUGUGCUCUUCAAGACCCGCCUGCCCCACGACAAGACCAAGUGCUUCAAGUUCAUCUAGGGGCGUUGCGCACAGGGGAGAGGGUGAGCGGAGUGAGGGAGGCGCUCCCGAGGUCCCUAGACAUGGAGGGCCUCAGGGAUGCCCACCGCUGGGUGGCCCAGGCGCUCUGCUGGGAGAGCCAGCAGGGAGCGCGGGAGGGACAGAGCUGCUCUGCUCGUGAAAUCGGCCACCUGGCCGGAGCCCUGGUCCCAGGACAGCAGGGCUCCCUACGCGGGGCAUUGGUGAUAGCUUACACUGAGGGCCACAGGGACUCUGGAGAGUCACUCACGCAGUUCAUACGCCCACGGCAGCUGGUUUGUGGUUUUUAAUUCACUAACAACUACUAUUCUUAUUUAAAAA